CAUUGAACGAACCCAUAAAAGGAUGGAUGGACAAUUUCAACGGGCCAGUCGCAUUAUUCAUCGGCGGAGGAAAAGGAGUGGUGAGAGUUGUGUAUAUAGAUCCAAUCACGCGUAGUGAUUAUAUACCGGUCGAUAUCGUCACCAAGAUUAUGAUCGUUGCGGCAUGGAAACAUGGGUCAAAAAUGAAGGAAACACGGAACGAUCUUCCAUUUGUGUACAACUGCGUUGCUUCCCACUCUUCGACUGUGACAUAUGAGACGGUCCUCCAAUUAGGUUUUGAUGCUCUGAAAAAA